UAUCUUUUUUAUUAGUCGAUAGUCGUUGCCUAGAGUAGAGCUAAUAGUAAAUACUCUCUGUCAGUGUAAACUGUCAUAUUUUGUUGGUAUACAUGACGGCAGCAAGUGCGUCAUUGCAUUGAUUAACUUUGUUUUUUGACAAUCUUUGGUGUAUUAAUUAGAACAAUAACGCAAAAACAAAAAACAAGUCGCAAUUUCAUAUUUUGGUCUCUACUAGCGUAAAUUUCUGUAAAGAUGAAGUUCCAAUACAAAGAAGAACAUUCAUUUGAAAGACGAAAGACUGAGGGCGAGAAAAUACGCAGGAAGUAUCCUGACAGAGUACCAGUAAUUGUGGAGAAAGCCCCAAAGGCCAGACUUGGAGACCUCGACAAAAGGAAGUACCUAGUACCCUCGGAUUUGACCGUGGGACAAUUUUAUUUUCUUAUCAGGAAGAGGAUUCACUUGCGGCCUGAAGAUGCAUUAUUUUUCUUUGUUAAUAAUGUAAUCCCACCAACAUCUGCUACGAUGGGAUCUCUGUACCAGGAACAUCAUGACGAAGAUUUUUUCCUUUACAUUGCUUUUUCUGAUGAAAAUGUGUAUGGAUAUUGAUUUGUAUAUUUUCAAUUACCUACUUAUUACUUGUAUUGUUUUUUCAUGAUAAUACAAGAUUAGAUUUAAGGCUUAUGUAUAAUUAUUGGUGUUUGUUUUGUUUUUAAUAAUGGUGAUAAAUUAGAAUAAUUUGCAAAUUUCACAUAUGACAUAUUAUUUCAUGUUAAUAUUUAGAAACUAGUUCACACUUGUUUAAAAAUUAAAUUUAAGUUGAGUAUGUAUAAUAUUUGAAUAAAUAAUAAAUUAUC